GAAAUAAGACCAAUCUCAAAGGCUCUAUGGCCAUGGGAUUGCAUUUUCUAAAAACCCAUUUUAUUCCGGCAAUUCUGCUUCUAUUUUUCUCAAUAUCAAUUUCAAUAGCGAAACCCAACUGUACUGAUCGUUGUGGAAAUGUAAGUAUUCCCUUCCCUUUUGGCACGACAAAAGACUGUUACCUCCAUAGAAGUUUUUUCGUCAAUUGUAAUGACACCCACUACGAUCCUUCCAAAGCAUUCUUAGGAAACUCAGCCAUAAAUAUCACAAGCAUAUCCCUGGAGGGCCAAUUGCAAGUCUGGCAAUUCAUAGCAAAAGACUGUUAUUCUCUGAAUGGCAGCAGAUACUAUAAUGACCCCUGGAUACAGAUUCCCAGAUACCUAGCAGUCAAUAAUACUGCGAAUAAGUUCACUGUCGUUGGCUGUGAUACAAGAGGUUUUGUAUCUGGGAAUCGGGUGGACAGGAAAUACCAGACCGGAUGCAGUUCCCUUUGUGCCAGCGAGGAUGAUCUGGACAAUGGAUCUUGUUCUGGUGUUGGCUGUUGCCAGACGUCUAUCCCAAAAGAUGUCUGGAGAGUUAACAUUACUUUGGAGAGCUUUAAUCAAUACAAGAACUAUGAUAAUCUCACGAAUAAAUGGGACUUCAAUUCUUGCAGCUAUGCGUUUGUUGUUGAGGAAACAUCAUUUACUUUUUCUCCGAGAAAUCUUUACGGCUUGAGGAAUGUAAAGAAGCUUCCUAUGGUGCUUGACUGGGCAAUCGGGAAUGAAACUUGUGAGUCUGCUAAAAAGAACCUCUCAAGUUAUGCAUGUCUUAGCAACAACUCAGAGUGUCGCAAACCCGACAACGGCCAUGGAUAUCGAUGCUAUUGCCUGAAAGGUUAUCGAGGAAAUCCAUACCUCGUUGAUGGUUGUGAAGAUAUUGAUGAAUGUAAAGAUCCAAGUCUCAACGAUUGUGAAAAGGACCGCUGUGUAGAUAUAGAAGGAAGUUUUCAGUGUGUCUGCCCGAAAGGUUACCAAGGCGAAGGGAAAACAGACGGACGAGGUUGUGUUCGUAUUCGUGGUGAAUCACUUUCCUUGAAACUUGUUGCAG